AUUGGAAGUCCGGUAGGAACGUAAAAGUAUCACCCAACAGCAAGGAUAUUAAAAUUAUUAGAGAAAGAAAAAAGAAGAAAAUCAUAGCUAACCUGAAGGAUUCCCGCUAUGAAAUAGUGAACCAGUGUGUUAAGGAGGCAGGAUUUACGGUAGUUGAAACCGACGAUUUCAAAGACGCGUAAUGAACACAUUAAAUGUAACAUGCAGUUAAGGUAUUUAAUAUGGAGCGACAUCUCUUUACCUUUGGAACAAAUUAUGAAAUUAAAGCCAUACCAACGUGUCAACCACUUUCCUGGUAUGAUCGAAAUAUGUCGCAAGGAUUACCUUACCAAAAAUUUCUCAAGAAUGCAAAAAGUUGAACCAGAUGAAUAUAAUUUUAUGCCAAAUACAUGGAUUCUACCACAAGAAUAUGGAUAUUUUUCAAAUUAUAUAAGAAAUUUAUAUCGACAAGGUUGUAAUGCAUGUUUUAUACAAAAACCAGCUAAUGGAGCUAUGGGACAAGGAAUUCGUUUAUAUUGUAAUCUAAAUAAACUCUCCGGAAAUAUUAUCAAUAAUCAUAGUCAUAAUAUUAAUAAUCUUAAUAACAAUAAUAAUAAUAACACUAAUUGUUUAAUUAGUGUUAUUCAAGAAUAUAUUGAACGUCCAUUAUUAAUUGAUGGUUAUAAAUUUGAUUUACGUGUUUAUGUACUUGUUACAUCAUGUGAUCCAUUGAGAAUUUUCAUUUAUAAUGAUGGAUUAGUACGUUUAAGUGCUGAAAAAUAUAUUUAUCCAUAUGAACCGAAUGGAGAUUCCAUCUAUCGACAAUUGACUAAUUAUGCUGUCAAUCGACAUCAUAGUCAAUAUCAUCGUACCACAGAUGAUUUAUCUGGUAGUAAACGUUCAUUCAACUUUUUCAAUCAUUAUUUAUAUAAUGUAAAAAAAACUAAUCCAAUGUUAAUAUGGGAUAAAAUUUAUGAUUUAAUUAUUAAAACAUUAAUUAUAGCAUUACCACAUUUAGUACAUUUUUAUCGGAUUGUACAACAUAAAUCUAAUCAAAAUACUACCAAUACUACUACUAAUACUACUUAUACUACUGAUAACAAUAAUAAUAAUAAUGACAAAUACACUUUUAAACAAUUUCCUACAAUCAAUAAAAUCAGACAACCAAUCAGAAUCUCAUCAUCAUCACCAUCAUCACCACCACACACUGCAGCAGGAACAACACCUGCAACAACAACACCUGCAACAACAACAACACCUGCAGCAUCAACACCUGCAGCCACAACCAACAGCACAUCGAAAAUCUAUUCUCAACCAAUGAUGAUGAUGACAUUAUUUCAAUCGAAUUUAUUUGAAAUUCUUGGUUUUGAUAUAUUAAUUGACAAUCAAUUAAAUCCUUGGUUAAUUGAAGUGAAUCGUUCACCAAGUUAUAAUAUUGAUCAAAAAUUAGAUAAACAGAUAAAGUAUAAUUUGUUAAUGGAUACAAUACGUUUAUUAAAUAUUAAACCAUCAGAUAAAUCUUCUGUAGAGAAACAACAAAAAUUACUUACUAGAAAACGUUUAUACAGUAGUCAAUCGGUACAAACACAAAAUUGGAUGUAUUCAUCAUUAUCCUCAUCGCCAUCAUCAUCGUCAAAACACAAGAAUCGUAUCAAUCGUAAUCGUAAUCGUAAUAAUAAUAAUAACAGUAAUAAUAAUAAUAAUAACAGUAAUAAUAUUUAUAAAUAUUUUCGUCGUAAUAAUAAUAAUAAUAAUAAUCACAAUAAUAAUAAUAAUGUUCAGUCAACACGAAAUUGUCAAUCAUCUUUAUCAAACUAUACCAACUGUGAUUAUAUGAAAUUGUUACUUAAUAAAAAUAAUAAUAAUAAUAAUAAUAAUGCUUAUGCAAAAUCAGAGAGUAGAAAAUUCAAUUGGAAAAUUAAUUGUUUAAAACAACAAUUAUAUGCAAUACGUCAACAAUUAUCAAUUGAUUUUUAUGAACAUCAAAAUAGUGGUAAUUGGUAUCGUAUAUUUCCAAAUGAAAAUAUUAUAUUACAAAAAAAAUAUACAUCAUUAAUCUUGACAAGUUUUCAACAAUUUUUUUAUACAAAUCAAAAUAAUUCAUAUAUAAUGAAUGAAAUGAAAACAACUUAUUUAAAUCCAAUUACUGAAGAUGAUAUUUACAAUGAAUUAUCAAAAUUAAUUAAACAAGAAUUAAAAAUGAAACCUGGAAUUAAUGCUGAAAAGUAUUUAGCUGAAUUAUGGUCACAUUGUAUAGAUAAUCAUGAUAUAAGUGAUGCUAAUGAAUUUGAUGAUGCUGAAGAUGAUGACGAUGAUGGCGGCACCAACGACGACAACGACUACAAUCACAACAACAAUGAACAACAUGAUAAUCUAUCUGGUAUACUAAAACAACAUAAUGAAAAUAUUCAUUUACGUAAUAAUCAUUUUAUUAAAUCGUCAAAUAAUAGAAAAUUGAAAACUAUGUCCACAAUAACAACCAAAUCAUCAUUGAAUCAUAUAAAUUUGAAAAAAUCUCAUUAUUCAGCUCCAGUAUCUCCAUGUCCAAAUCAAAUGUCAAACAAUAAGUCAUGCAGAUCAUCAUUGAAUAUUGAACGUCAUUUGAAACAUGCAAACAAACGUAUACAAACUACUGGUUAUAGCAAUAAUUCUAUUCAUUACUAUGAUGAUGUCCAGCGUGUUGGUCACGUCGACAAUCAUGGCGAUGAUGCUGAUGAUCAAUGUGCAAUAGGUCAUGGGAAUUCAACAAAUCUCUGUUUACCAUACAAUAAUACUAUUCGAUCAAGAUUUGACAAGAAGAAAGUCAAUAAUAAUAGUAAUAAUAAUACCAAAACUAUAGUAAGAAAAUACUUUGAAUAAGCGAAAACAAACUUAAUUAAUUAAUUAAUUCACUCGAUUUGAUGUCCCCCCGCUUUCCGCGGCCCACAUCCUACACAUUCACUCACAUACAAGUAUGAAUUGUUUUCAUGAUUGACUAAAAAAAACACGAUUGUAAUAG